CUCCUGUCUCUCUUCCUGCUAGGACGAAUCGCAGUCCAUGGAGAGAAGUAAUUAAUGGGUUCAUUACGUAUGAAAGCAGCAUCCCACCACUUGGCUGUCUGGUUUGAACGGAUCCUAUCAGCGUUUCAUUCAUGUUCAGUGUCUGGGAUGUGAUAAAGCUGUUCUUCCUUUUGGAUUUUUCCCUCACUACUCAGAAACCACUAGAGCAACGUGUUAACAGAAGCACUCAGGAAGAGAAGAAAUUCUUCACCUCUGCAGACAGGAGGCUGAGGACGGAAAGUUGUUCAGGAGAAAGCCAAGAGAAGCAGAAGGUGCUAGAGAACAGCCGUACUUCUGGAACACACAACAACGUUAAAGCAGUGUGAUUUGGAAACGUUUGCAAUUCUGAAUUACAGGUGAGCAGAACUUUUCCAGAGCAGAAAACAUCUGCAGGAACAAUCAGGAUUUCUCACCACCGAGAGAGCCAAUGAAUUUUUAAUAAGUUCUGAGCGCUGUGGUCAGAUCAACUGCUGUUAUCUGAUAAAGCGCAAAAUUCGUCCUCUGAUUUCCAUAAUCCUAUCCAAAUGGAGUCUUUGCCUUGCUGUGAGCAGUUCUAACUAACACCAACCACGGGAUUAGCGGGCCUCGGAGAUGCUGCAAGAAGUAAGACAACUCGGGUGAAAGAGAUCACCCCAGCACAGUGGAAGAGGCAUUUCGAGAAUGAGAGCUUAGCAUUCCUCACUGCGCUUCAGCCAACUGCUGCCAGGUACUGGCGGAGAAGAGAGGAAGCAGGACAGAGAGCAGCUCCAAACCUCAGACUAAAUCCCAAUGUAACUUCUUGAACCAGGAUGGAGGGGGAAUCUUACCACAAUGAAACCACAGUCAACGACACCCCAGUAGAUCACCAGGCUUUGGAACGCCAUGGGCUAUGGGAAGUCAUCACUAUUGCAAGUGUGACAGCUGUGGUCAGCCUGAUGACCAUUGUGGGCAAUGUCUUGGUCAUGAUCUCCUUCAAAGUCAACAGUCAGCUCAAGACAGUCAACAACUAUUACCUGCUCAGCUUGGCCUGUGCAGACCUCAUCAUUGGAAUCUUCUCCAUGAACCUCUACACGACCUACAUCCUCAUGGGACGCUGGGUUCUCGGGAGUCUGGCUUGCGACCUUUGGCUUGCGUUAGACUAUGUUGCCAGCAACGCUUCGGUCAUGAACCUUCUGGUGAUUAGCUUUGACCGUUACUUUUCCAUCACAAGACCACUGACAUACCGGGCCAAGCGUACCCCAAAGCGGGCUGGCAUCAUGAUUGGCUUGGCCUGGCUGAUCUCCUUCAUCCUCUGGGCACCAGCAAUUCUUUGCUGGCAGUACUUGGUUGGGAAGCGGACAGUACCACCUGAUGAGUGCCAGAUCCAAUUCCUCUCCGAGCCCACCAUUACUUUCGGCACGGCCAUCGCCGCCUUCUACAUCCCUGUCUCUGUCAUGACCAUCCUCUACUGCCGGAUCUACCGUGAAACAGAGAAGAGAACUAAGGACCUGGCUGACCUCCAGGGUUCUGAUUCUGUGGUAGAAGCCAAGAAGAGAAAGCCGGCUCACAGGACCCUGCUCAGAUCUUUCUUUAGCUGCCCUAGACCCAGCCUGGCCCAGAGGGAAAGGGAUCAGGCCUCCUGGUCAUCUUCCCGCAGAAGAACCUCAACAACAGGAAAGCCAGACCAGGCCACUGGCCUAAGUGUUGACUGGGACAAGACUGAGCAAGUCACUACCUGUAGCAGCUACCCCUCCUCAGAGGAUGAGGCCAAGCCCACCACUGACCCUGUCUUUCAAGUGGUCUACAAGAAUCAGGCUAAGGAAAGCCCGAGGAAGGAAUUCAGCACCGAAGAGACAAAGGAAACUUUUGUGACCGCUCAGACUGAAAACAAUGACUAUGACACUCCCAAAUACUUCCUGUCUCCGGCUGCUGCGCACAGACUCAAGAGUCAGAAGUGUGUUGCCUAUAAGUUCCAAUUGGUGGUAAAAGCUGACGGGACCCAGGAGACUAACAAUGGCUGUCGCAAGGUGAAAAUCAUGCCCUGUACCUUCCCGGUGUCCAAGGACCCUUCAACAAGAGGCCUGGAUCCCAACCUCAACCAUCAAAUGACCAAACGAAAGAGAAUGGUCCUAAUCAAAGAGAGAAAAGCAGCCCAGACCUUGAGUGCCAUUCUCUUGGCCUUCAUCAUCACAUGGACCCCUUACAACAUCAUGGUCCUGGUUUCCACCUUCUGUGACAAGUGUGUCCCUGUCACCCUGUGGCACUUGGGUUACUGGUUGUGCUAUGUCAACAGCACUAUCAACCCCAUCUGCUAUGCUCUCUGCAACAGAACCUUCAGGAAGACCUUUAAGAUGCUGCUUCUCUGCCGGUGGAAAAAGAAAAAAGUGGAAGAGAAAUUGUAUUGGCAAGGGAACAGCAAGCUACCCUGAAAAGUCAGUAACUUCCCUGGAAAGAAUAAUGGCCACAGUCUGGUUUGCUUGUUUUGAAGAGCAUCAUCUGCCAUUCCGAGUCCCCAAAGACUUGUCCAGGCUCAAGGUCUGUUGUCAAAAUGAAGCGUCACGCACACAGCCACUGCUGCCAUGUGAAGUGAGUCUUGUCUAUUACCAAGGCCACCUGGUGCCACUAGCGUUUGCUGGUGAAGCAGAAAGACAGA